AUGUCGUCGGCGACUUUCCAGAUUCUUUCCGAUUUGCACCUCGAGACGCAAGCCUCAUACGACUUCAAUUUCAGACAAACAGCGCCAAAUCUAGCAUUGCUCGGUGACAUUGGCAAAGUAGGAGACGACGGCCUCUUUGUCUUUCUCGAACGGCAACUCCGGCGGUACUGGAAUGUCUACUUUGUUGCGGGGAACCAUGAACCCCUCUCAGGCAGCUGGCCCGCCGCGAAGCAAAGGCUGCGCAGCUUCGCCGACAGGAUGGAGCAACUGAGGAUUCGGUCCACCAUCGGCCGCUUUGUUUUCCUCGACCAAAGGCGACACGAUCUCAACGACACCCUCACCGUGCUGGGCUGCACGUUGUUUUCGCGGAUCACCAAGGAGCAAUAUAGCGCGGUCGCCGCCCGUCUCGUCGACUUCCAGCAAAUCCAAAAUUGGACCGUUGAAGACCAUCUCGAGGCUCACGCCGCGGACUUGAAGUGGCUGAACGACCAGGUCUCCAUGAUAUCUAAAUCCGAGCCCCAGCGGGAAAUUGUCAUCUUCACGCACCACAGCCCGACCCUUGAUACGCGAGCCGUCGACGAGCGGCAUCGAAAUAGCGCUGUGUCGUCGGGCUUCGCCACCGACCUGCGCCUGGAGGAGUGCUGGACGAACACGGCGGUCGUCAUGUGGGCGUUUGGGCACACCCACUUCUCCUGCGAUUUCAUUGACGAGCGAGGGAAAAGGGUCGUAUCCAACCAGAGGGGCUAUGCUGCGGCUCCUGAGAAAGCAUUUGACGUCAAGAAGGUGUUCCUCAUCAGGAAACAAGCCAAAUCUGGCGAAGAGCCAACCAGUUCCUCUGGGAGGCCGUGA